CCGUUCUGUGUGCUUCCGUUUUCGCAACCUUUCUUACCUUCAGAUCUGGAUGCGAACGGGCGUGGUUCUGGAAUUAGAAACUAGGGGAAAUUCAAAAUCAACGUUCAUUUUUAUCGGUGAUUUGAGAUUAGGGUUUUGAUAAACCUAAGUGAGAUUCACACACAUUAUCGGCUUCGGAAGCAUUGAGCCAAAGUCAUGGCAUCUCGCUUACAGAUUCAGGAGGAUGAAUCUGUAUCUCUACGAGUCACUCAUGGAAACAUCAAGAGCUUCUCUGCCGAUGUUCGUUUCUCACUACAGAUGACAGUGGAAUCUGUAAAAGACAAACUUUGGAGAAAAUGUGGCACUUCUGUUAAUUCGAUGUGCCUUGAGCUCUAUGACGACACUGGUGCCAAAAUUUCAGUUCUAAGUGAUAAUUUGAGACCACUUGGAUUUUAUUCUCCACAAGACGGAUACCGGCUACAUGUUAUAGAUCUUGACCCCUCAUCAGUAACCUCUGGUGGCUGGCUAGAAGACACUUCACUGGUGGAGAAAUAUUCCAUUUCUGAAGAAGCCUAUGAAAAACUUGAUGGCACUUUUAGAAAAUUUAAGGAAAAAUUAGCAUUUCAAAACCCCUCAAUUCUGGAGUCUAAGAUAUCAGAUCACUACAUGGGAGAUCUCUGUGCAAAUAUCAAGGUAGGAGACAGAUGUGAAGUUGAACCAGGGGAGAAAAGAGGAGUUGUCAAAUUUGUGGGUCGUGCACAAUCUCUCGCACCUGGGUUCUGGGUUGGAGUUCAGUAUGAUGAGCCAUUAGGGAAACAUGAUGGCAUGGUGAAAGGGACACGGUACUUUGAUUGCCCUCCUCUCCAUGGUGCAAUGGUUAGGCCAGACAAAGUAAAGGUUGGUGACUAUCCUGAACAUAUGUCCUGGGACUCGUGCCUGCUAUGUGUGAUGCCUUGGUUGGUGACUAUCCUGAACGUGAUCUCUUUGAGGAAGAUGAAAUAUAGCAGGUCGUAAAGAGGGGAGUAUGACGGUCUGCACUGCAAAUUCCAUAAUCCUUCAAGGAUUCUGAAAUAGCCUUACUUCAUUUAUGUCUGUUAUAAUUUUUGAUACUCCCAAGGGUUUGGAAAUGAUGUGUUUAAACCGUUGUUUGAUAUCUGCUUUAGAUUAUUUUUCCCCUAGAUUUAGACAGCAAAUCAUGCUGAUUCAUGUUUAUUCCCAAAUGAAAAAGUUAUGUUGAAUGAACAAUAAA